AUGAACACUAAUAUUAAUACAUAUAACCAAAAUAUAAAUAGUGGCGAAAGUGAUGUAAUUUUAAAUAUUCCAUUAUUAUUAAACAAAUCACAAAGAAAUAUAAAUGUUAAUUAUGGUACAAUUUCACAAUCAGUACCACCACUACCAUCACAACCACUCUCAAAAACAAAUCAUCAACCAACUUCACAAGUCUAUCAAAUCCAAGCACAAAAUCAACAACAACAACAACAACAACAAUUAAAUAAUGUAUUGGUAUUAAAUAAAAGUAAAAAAACAUUAUUGUUUGAUAAUAAUGUUUAUUAUGGUGAAUUAACGCCAUACAUAAAUCCACAAGAAUAUAUUGAAGUUAUUGAUUUAAUAAAUAAUAUUUCCAAUGAAGCAUUAUUUGAAAAAUCAUCAUUUUCAUCAUUUAAAAAUAGAAUUAAAUUUAAAGUUUUUGAUUGGAUAUUCUUGGCUUGUUUUAUUUCAAUAUUAGUAUUUUUUAUAAUCGCUAAAUUAUAUAGGGCAGCUGUAGUAGUUAGUGUAUUAUUAUUUUUAAUUGCAUUAAUUUCAAAAGUAUUAUAUUUCUUUUUUACCAAAAAUACUGAAAUUAAAAUUAGUAUUGAACAAGGAUAUGAAAACUUUUUUGGUGUAUUAAGUCAAAAAUACAAUCCAUUAAUUUUUAAAGGUGUCUUUGAGAAGAAAGAAAAAGGUGAUGGAGAAUUUGAAUAUAACCAAACUUCAUUAAUAAUUGAAUACCCAACCUAUAUUAGAACUGCCUAUGUGUUUCAUAAUCCAAAUGAAUAUCAAUGUUACAAACAACAAAUUCAACCAAUGACAAACUAUCAAUUGUAA